AUGGCGAGCAUAUGGAAUUAUUCUUGUUUUAUAUUUAUUUGGUUCGGUCUUUUCGACCUUUCUCGCGCCGCACGUAAUAACCGGUUCCAUGGUAAUGCUCUGCAAAACGAGCACUAUAAAUUGGACCAGUCGAUCACGGUGGCGGAAAUACACACGGACACGCGGAUCCAGUGCGCCAAUCAGUGCCUACUUCGUGCCUGCAAGGCAUUCCUCUGGAAGUAUUCCACUGCAAGCGAUGAUCGGUGCUUCUCGGUGGACACCUGGCAGUACUCCGGUACAUGGGCGCGGACUAAAAGUGGGAUAGCCUGUCAACGCUGGGACAGCCAGUUUCCUCAGGAGCACUCAACGGACCAUUACAACAUGCCGGAAAGCUCGCUAACGGAUGCCAAGAAUUACUGCAGAGACCCUUCUAGGGCAGGCAACCCCUGGUGCUACACGGUCAGUGAUGCUAAGAGGUGGGAGAGGUGCAACCUCCAUAGAUGUUUCUCCAACAACAAUAACUGCCGACUGUACGGGGCUGCAGGGAGUCAGAAUGAGAACGUGGACGGUCUUACCUAUAUGGUGAUGGCCUAAGCCACCCGGACGCCAUGAACUCCGAGAUGCCACAAGUGUAAUCAUCCGAUCCUUGUGUUAAUGAAACUUGAAAACAUUGAUUACUGUCUGUUUCUCUAUUUUUGAUCCCCGAUAUGCGUUGUCUUUCAAUACUUCCAUGUCCACUUCGGGUCUGUUGUCUAAAACUUCAACAAAUGGAAAGAUUUUAACUUAACUUGACCGAAAAAUCCAUACUGGACAACUUGUUCAGAAGAAUCAGAAGACAUAUUGUAAAAAAAAAACAAUGAAGAAUUCAAAUGCAAGACAUGGUGAUACUAUUUAGAUACCGUUUUAAUUAUCAUUGUACUAUUCUAUUUUCAAGUUGGAAGCUAGAAUGUCCAGUAUUGGCUGUAUUUUUUUACUACUCAUAUGUUCCCAAAUUGAAUGAAAUUUUUAUCGUAUAUUUCAUAAAGCUUGUAGGCGAAAACAAUACCUGACAAAAUACAAACACAAAAUGUAUAAUGAAUAGGAACGUCACUUUUUUGCCAUCAGGACGGUAUAACAGAAUAUUAUGCAAUCCAUGUAUGUUAACAACGGAGAAUUGUGCUAUAAUGGAUAGUGGUUUUGUUAUCAUUAAUAUUACCAAUAAGCACUCUUUACCUGCAAUAACUAACGCGCGUAUUAAACGACAUUUCAGCAAACGCACGCUUCUUAUUAUGGAAGGGAUUAUCCGCCAGUUAAUGAAUGCUGCUUUAUGACAUUUCUCAUUUUAAAUUGCAAGUGCAUUCGUCUUAAUGGCAGGUGCUUUCGUGCAAUUGCUUCGUGCCUAUUUGUUAUUGACAAACGCAUUUGACAAUGUUUACAACUUUAAUUUGCCUUCACUUAAUUGCUUAGUGUUUACGUCUAAACAACAAAUGACAGGCAUCUAGUUCUUUCAUUUAAAUAACUUAAUAACUAAAUUGUGGCAAAAAUAUAUCUGUAUUGGGUUCAGUAACUUUUGCUUGAAUCACGUAUUACAAUCUACAGUUUCCUAAAUGCUAUAAUAAAAUAAAAUUACGAUGAUAA